ACUUUAUCUCAGCAGAGCCGGGGCUGGAGAGUGUGAAUAGCGAGGAAAGUAAACAAUAAACAAAACAAAGUAUUAUAACUGUUCACUGAAAAUACACCGUAACCCCUCCAUAUUGGACUGGUUCCUGAUCCAGAACCGAGUGGACUUAUAUGCAGAAAUAUAGCUACUUUUUUCUGUAGUUGAUGCUCAGCUUUAAACCCCCAGUACCCGGCUCUCUUUCCACACUGCGACUGCUCCGCUGCAGAAGGGGGGAUGAUGCAUGGACGUAGCUAGCUGGCUGCAGGAACUCGCUUCGCUAACAUUCCACAUCUGUCGUGCAAGUGACCUGCAGACAGAAUAACUGGUGGCCUUACCCUCCGAAUCUGAGUUACUGCACAGACAGGCGGACGCACGGGACGUAAACAUGGCGGAGUCCAAGGAGGCGAAGCGCUCUGAGGAUUCCCGGGGAGCAGAGUCAGAUGAUGGGGAGAUACACAGCAGACACACACAGGAAGCAGUGGCUUCUGAGAGGCCCUCAGCUAAAGAGGAACAGGGUGAUGCCCCCAAGAUCCCCACACCUGCUUUGUCUCAACACAGCAGCAAUGAGGAGGGGGGAGGAGGCGGAGAGAAAGAGGCGCCUGCGUCCCAGUCUGAGUCGAGGGACAGUGACGCAGAGUGGGAGCAUGGUACCCUCUCCUCCUUUCCCCUCCAAGUGUCUGGGUUGGGCAUGGCGGACGAGGAGCUGGACGGUGCUCCAGUGAUCGGAGCUGACGAAGAGGACGACUGGGAUAUGGACAUGAGUGAGACUCUGGACAGCGCCAUGGAAAUGGACCAACAGAUGGACACAAGGACAGACAAACCGGCUGAUGCACGUACAGAGGUCGAAAAGAAGGGGUCCCCGGCAGAAGUGGAGGCGGAUGCAGCCAAAACAGCGACCUCCGGUGUAGGUGCAGGUGCAGUGGCCACCCCGUGGGAUGCACAGCGCCCCCCUCUGGCAGAUGUGGAGAUGAGCGUUGUGGCGGAGUCUGCCGGGCCAGACGGGGAGAGGCAAACGCAGAACUCUGACGCCAGCCAGGGUGGGGGAGUGCCUCAGCUCUCCGGUUCAGGGGGGAGCAGACGCUUGUCUGAGGAGACUCAAGAGGCGCUGUGCACAUCACAGGAGUUGGAGAUGGGGGAUGGUGAGAGGGCACCUUACUCCCCACCACUUGACAUCAAAGACGAGCCAAUCGAUGAGGAGUACGACCGCGCCCUCUUACCUCACCCCCCACCAAGGCGUAUCAAGGAUGAACCUGAUGCCCCAGAGGAGCUGGUCCAGCAGCACAAGACCUCAGAAAUGCUGAGAAUCAGCUCUGUGUUUUCUGUGGGAGAAAGCUCAGCUUCCUCCGCUAUAGCUCCCCGGCCUGCCUCUGGCGGCGGCCAGGUGGCGCGGGCGAUGCCGGUCCCGCCCAGGACCCCGCAGACCGUGACGCCGCCGGCCCCCGCGUCGGCCUCCCGCGGCGGCACCCCUCCCGGCACGGUGCGCGUGUCCUGCUCAGGGUGCACCAAGGUGCUGCAGAAGGGCCAGACGGCCUUCCAGCGCAAGGGCUCCUCCCAGCUUUUCUGCUCCACCGUCUGCCUCACAGGCUGCACCCUGCCCGCCACCAAGAGCCUGCCCAAAAAGACCUGCCACGCAUGUUUGAAAGAGAUUGUGAAUCCAAAAGAUUUGAUCAUCGCUCCUGUGGACACAGCUGGUAACAUGAAGGACUUCUGCAGCCAGGGCUGUCUCUCCGAUUUUAAGAAGAACACAACGGCAUCCAUGCUGCCCGGUGAAGGCGUCACCAUUAAAUGCAGCAUGUGCCGCAAGACUGCCAUUAUCCGUCAUGAGGUGAACUACCAGGGUGCAGUGCACAAACUGUGCAGCGACACCUGCUUCUCUCGCUUCCGCUCCUCUAACAACCUGACCAUGAACUGCUGUGAGACCUGCGGCAAUUACUGCUACAGCGCCAGCGGGCAGUGCCACCUGCUGCAGAUAGAGGGCACCACCAGGAAGUUCUGCAGCCCAGUCUGCCUCACUACCUAUAAGCAGAAGUUAACGAAGGUGAGUCCGUGCGCGCAGUGCGGAACCCCCCGCUCGUCGGCUGAGAUGGUGGAGAGCACCGGGGCUGAUGGGAAGAUUCAUCUCUACUGCUCCAUGGGAUGUGCGGCCAGUGCCACACCUCGCUCGGGCAUUGCAGGUGCUUCCUUCCCCUGUACAAACUGCAAGGUUGUAGCUGUCCCACAAUUCCACCUGGCCCUGAAUGACGGCACGAUCCGCAACUUCUGCUCGUACAACUGCGUCCUCACCUUCCAGGCGUCCUUCACUAAGACAGUUCCUCAGGGUCAGAUGAAUGGCACUUCCUCUAUUCCUGAGGGCCCCUCUGUUCCCCCUCCUGGGCCUUUCCUGCCCUCCCAGGCACCAGGAACUGUGCCUCGAGCUUCUGCCUUACCUUCCCUUUCCGCCCCACCCCAUGGCCAAGCCCUUCCCCACGGGCAUGCUCUGCCCCACACACCUGCCCAGACGCACGGACCUGGCUCUGGACAGACCCCGCCCUCCCCCUCAACCCGAGGACACGGUCACGCCCUGGUCGCUCCCCCUCUCAUAUCCCGUGGGCCUGUCCCUGCUCAAGCCCCGCCCUCCUUGACCCAGGGACCACCCAUGGUCCCACCUGGCCCUUUGACCCGCGGCCUGGUGAAGCUGACCUGCAAACAGUGUUUUCACCCCUUCUCCUCCAAACCGGAGCUCAUCCAGUUCAAGGGUCAGAUGAUUCAGUUCUGUGGGAAGACAUGCUCUGAGGAGUUUAGGAAGCUGAACUUUGUGACAGCUCGGUGCGAGUAUUGCAAACUGGAGAAGAUGGUCAGGGAUGUGAUCAGAUUCAACCGCAUUGACCGGCCCUUCUGCAGCGAAGGGUGUAAGCUGCUCUUUAAGCACGACCUGUCCAAGCGCAGUGGAACCCCGUGCCGGUCCUGUGCCUACUGCACAAACAUGUCCCAGAAGAUGAUCCAGAACCACUUCGGAGGGAGGCUGGAGGAGUUCUGCAGGGAGGAGUGCAUGUCCCUCUACACGGUGCUGUACUAUCAGAUGGCGAAGUGUGAUUGGUGCCAGCGUCAGGGGAAGCUGCUGGAGUCCCAGAAGUGGCUGGGAGAAGUGAAGCACUUCUGUAACCUGCAGUGUCUGCUGCAUUUCACCAGCCAACAAAGCUCCUACGACCAGCCAUCCGCAGGCCAGGACAGUGCCUACGACCAGCCCACGGUGGGCCAGAAAAGCUCCUAUGACCAGCCGUCGGCAGGCCAACAUGCCUCCUACGACCCAUUGCCCAGCUCCGGUGCCUUGCCACCCCAGAUUCCUACAGGGACUGUACCUGCCUGUAUUGCACCCCCACCCAUACCUGUAGGAGCGCUGGGAAAUGUUGGCCUCACUGUUCCACCUUACCAUCCCGCCUAUGUGUCCAAAGAGGCCACGCCUGUCAUUGCUAAUGUGGUGUCGCUCGCUAGCGCCCCCACUGGGCAGCCCUAUAUCACUGCCAACAUGGCCCUGCAAGGGGCUGUUCCUUCUGCAUUCAGCCAGACCAAGAUCAAUGGAGAUGCAAGCACACAGACGGAUGCGAUGAAGCCCCCCGCAGCCCCCCGCAGAGUGCUGAAGAACAAGGCCCUGCUCUGCAAGCCCAUCAGCCAGAACAAAGGCACCUUGUGCAAGCCACACCUACAGAGCACAGAGUCCCAGACAGAGGAGCAGAAAGAUCAGAAGAUCAUGGUGUUGCCAGUUCCUGUGCCGGUCUUUAUCCCUGUGCCUAUGCACCUCUACACCCAGUACACACCGCUGCCCCUAGGGCUGCCUGUGCCGCUGCCAGUACCCAUGUUCCUGCCCACCUCACCAGCCAGCGCAGACAGCAUUCUACGCGCUGUCCAGGAUCUCCGCGACAGCACGCCCCGUGACCCUCAAAAGGGUGACCGCCACAUAACUGAAGAAGAAGAGGAGGAGGAGGAAGAGAGGGACAAACCCAUCUCAUUCGGAGACCAGGGCAGCACGUACAGUGGGGACUUGGAGUCAGAGGGGGUCUCCACACCCCACAGCUGGGAAGAGGAGUCAGCGGCCAGCAACCAACGACUGGGCCCCGCCUCUGACCCCGAGGGGCCCCCCUCGACCCCCGGCACACACACACAGCUCGACUUGGAGGCGGACUUUCCCAUUGAAUCCUUGCAGCCGACGUCGACAAAGGAGCUGAACGUGACGCUGAGAAACAGGGGACGCAGGAGGCCCAGAGAUGGCUUCCCCCCCAGGAAACGGGGUCGGAAACGGGGUGCUGCAGUGGUCGCCGCGGGCGUCGCGCGCAGUGCGAUGCCCCCUGCUGGCAGCUCCAAGCUGCACCACAUGUAUGGAGUGAAUGCCUGGAGGUGCUGGGUCCAGGGGAUGAGCGGCCAAUCGGAGCAGGAGCAGCUCAAACAGGGUGGAAGGUCUGUGGCACUGAAGGAGGAUGUUUUGCAGUGCAGUUCUUCAGAGCUCAGUUUUGGUCUCUGCCGCUUCAUCAGGGAGGUCAGGCGGCCCAACGGCGAGCCGUACAGCCCCGACAGCAUCUUUUACCUGUGCCUGGGCCUCCAGCAGUACCUGCUUGAGAAUGGAAGGAUCGAGAACCUUUUCACUGAUCAGCUGUACAGCAACUUCACCCUGGAAAUCACCAAAAUGCUCAGAGACUGGAAACCAACCAUACUGCCAAGUGGCUACCUGCCCUGGCGGGUGGAGGAGGAGUUCCUGUGGGCGUGUAAGCAGCUGGGCGCGUACUCUCCCACCGUGCUGCUCAACACCCUGCUCUUCUUCAGCACCAAGCUCUUCCACCUGAAGACCCUCCCCCAGCACCGCCGCCUCUCCUUCGCCAACCUCACCCGCUGCACUCGCCAGGGCACCAGCACCAAGUCCACCUACCUGCGCUUCUGCCCCGCCCACAGGGACCCUGCAGCUACAGAGACACCAGCGUUACCAGCGAAGAGGAGGAUAGAGGAGGAUGAAGAGGAGGGUGUGUUGGAAAUGCCAGAGAAUACGGACAACCCUCUACGAUGUCCCGUCAGACUGUAUGAAUUCUACCUCUCCAAGUGCCCCGAUGAGGUGAAGCAGCGGACAGACCUGUUCUACCUGCAGCCUGAGCGCUCCUGCAUGCCCAACAGCCGUCUGUGGUACUCCUCCCAGCCACUAGAGAGUGCCAUGCUGGAAAAUAUGCUCACACGCAUACUCACUGUCCGGGAAGUGCACUUGGUGGGAGAGCAGCCCGUGACACCAACAUUUCAGUCCAACGAGGAGAACUCUGAGUGACCAAAGCAAGAGAGAGGCACGGACAGACACACGCACACACGCACACACACACACACACACACACACACACACACACACACACACAC